AUGUCCGAAUCUAGUGUCCAGGUUAUUAGCCCGGUUAAAAGCUUUUUAGCUGGUGGGUUUGGUGGAGCAUGUUGCAUUGCAAUUGGUCACCCUUUCGACACAAUAAAGGUUCGACUUCAAACAAUGCCUCACGUAACAUCAGGAACAACGCCUAUGUAUUAUGGGACUUUUGACUGUGUCAAGAAAACUGUAGCGGCUGAUGGCGUCUUUGGACUUUAUAAGGGGAUGGGGGCACCCAUAGCUGGAGUGGCUCCUGUAUUCGCCAUUUGCUUUUUCGGGUACAAUUUAGGUAAGCAGCUUUUUGCCAAGGAUCCAAUGAACUUAAGGAAACAUGAAAUUUUGUUUGCGGGAAUGUUCUCUGGCAUUUUUUCAACUGCAAUCUUGGCUCCAGGAGAGCGUAUAAAGUGCCUAUUGCAAGUUCAGUCGAAUGCAAUUGGACCUUUAAAGUAUAGUGGACCGGUUGAUGUUCUUCGUCAGUUGUAUCGCGAAGGUGGGAUUCGAAGCAUUUUCAAGGGGACAGCUGCAACACUUCUGCGAGAUGUCCCUGCAUCUGGAGUGUAUUUUCUGAGUUAUGAAUUAAUGAAAGAUGCAUUAAGGAAUCCACACUCAAAGAAUAAUGAAUUGAGUGUUAGUAAAACUCUCUUUGCUGGUGGUAUGGCAGGCAUCUUCAACUGGUUAGUAGCUAUUCCUCCCGAUGUUUUAAAAUCUCGUCUACAGAGUGCUUCUGAAGGUGUUUAUCCCAAUGGAAUCCGAUCAGUAUUCUCUGAACUUAUUGCAAAAGAAGGCUUUUUGGGAUUGUAUCGGGGUAUGACUCCGGUGAUGCUUCGAGCAUUUCCUGCGAAUGCUGCAUGCUUUCUCGGUUACGAAGUUGCAUUGAAGUUUCUGGAUUAUGCAUUCCCCGGACUGUGA